AUGUGUGGUACAUACAUCCCACCUGAAAAAUCAAAGUACUUUGAAAACGAAAUUUUUGAAGAACUUGAAAAUGAUCUAGUCCUUUUCUCAUCCAAAGCAAAUAUACUUCUUCUUGGUGAUCUAAAUGCUAGAACAAGCAAACUCGAAGAUUAUAUUUCAAGUGAUGGAAGUAAUCACAUUCAAGACACUAGUGGUAACUCCUUUCAACCACCACAAAGACAAAACCUUGAUUCAACAACCAAUAAUCAUGGUAAAAAAAUUAUUGAAAUUUGCAAAAGUACUGACAUGAGAAUUCUUAAUGGUCGGACCAAUGGUGACUCCUUCGGAAGACCAAGUUUUCAUAGUAAAAAUGGAACCAGCUCAGUUGAUUAUAUCAUUUGUAACCAGAACUUAAUGCCGAAAGUUAAACAUCUAGUUGUUAAAUCCCCUAACUAUCUAUCUGACCAUAGUCAAGUUAUAACCUGGAUUAACUUACACCAAACCACUAACACUAUUAAUAAUACUCCCUUACAACCCCCAAUAUCAAAAUUACCACUACAAUAUAUUUGGAACAAUGAAUCAAAUGAGAAUUUUAAAAAAGCGUUAAAAUCAGAUGAACUACAAGAGAAACUAAGCACAUUCCUUGAAAAUGAUUUCUCUUCUGACAGAGAGGGCAUAAACAAAUGUGUCAAUGAAUUUGAAAACAUUAUUAACCUUGCAUCCAAAAAAUCUCUUAAAAAUCAAAAAGAAGAAAUAUAG